AGUUCGUAUUUCUAAGAUUUAUGAAUAAAUUAUGAAUUCACUAUAGCCAUCACCCACUGGGUCCUUCUAAAAAAUCCAAAGCCUUGUUAAAUGUAAAACUGGCCGCUGCUCCUUUCCUCCUCCCCACCUAGUAUGAGAGCCAUGUGCCAGACCGUGGAGAUUCCGGAUUCACACAACCUAGGAGUCAAGGUCAGCACUCCCCGCAAUCUCUGACCUCUUCUCUCACGCUGGGCUCUGCUAUCCUGGAACAAGUUCCCUAGGGGAUGUCCCGCCCCUGACCUCGUAACCCACGUGAGUAACUGGGGUCGCGAGUGAGGAUUCAGGUGGCCCCUGGGUGAGAGCCAGUAAGGUUCUUAGCCUUCCUGGUUUGGGAAAGGGAAAUAAUUCGGGAGGGGGAGGAUUUUUUUUCCCGCUAGGAUAGGUGUUGGAAGACCGCUGCCUGUGUGUCCCUCUUCUGGACUAAGGUGUCUCUGUUGCUCCAUAAACAAAACGUCUCACUGCCUUCUGCGAGCGCUAUAAAGGCGGCGGAACGGCUGUCCCGGGGGCAUUCCGGGCCGGACGUGAGCCGAAGCAGGGUCAUGGCAGUGCCGGGCAGCAUGCUGGAGCCGCCGCCGCUGCCCGAGUACAGCUGCAGCUACGUAGUGUCGCGGCCGGUCUACAGCGAGCUCGCCUUCCAGCAGCAGUACGAGCGGCGCCUGCAGGAGCGCAGGACGCUGCGGGAGAGCCUGGCCAAGGGCUGCAGUUGUUCAAGAAAGAGAACCCUUGGUGUGCUGAAGACUCUCCUGCCCAUCUUGGACUGGCUCCCCAAAUACCGGAUCAAGGAGUGGCUGCUUAGUGAUAUCAUUUCGGGAGUUAGUACUGGGCUAGUGGGGACACUACAAGGCAUGGCGUAUGCUCUACUAGCUGCUGUUCCUGUUGGAUAUGGUCUCUACUCUGCUUUUUUCCCUAUCCUGACAUACUUUAUCUUCGGAACAUCAAGACACAUCUCAGUUGGACCUUUCCCAGUGGUCAGUUUAAUGGUGGGAUCUGUUGUUCUGAGCAUGGCCCCCGAUGAACGCUUUCUCGAAUCCAGCAGUAAUGGAAGCGCACUGAAUGCCACCGUGACAGACUCUGCGGCUAGAGAUGCAGCGCGCGUAUUGAUCGCUAGCACCCUUACUCUUUUGGUUGGAAUCAUACAGUUGAUAUUUGGAGGUUUGCAGAUUGGAUUCAUAGUGAGGUACCUGGCAGAUCCUUUGGUUGGUGGAUUCACAACAGCUGCUGCCUUCCAAGUGUUGGUCUCACAGCUAAAGAUCGUCCUCAACGUUUCAACCAAAAACUAUAAUGGAAUUCUCUCCAUUAUCUAUACUUUGAUUGAGAUUUUUCAAAAUAUUGGUAACACUAAUCUUGCUGAUUUCAUCGCUGGAUUACUCACCAUUAUUAUCUGUAUGGCAGUUAAGGAAAUAAAUGAUCGAUUUAAACACAAAAUCCCAGUCCCUAUUCCUAUAGAAGUGAUUGUGACAAUAGUAGCUACUGCCAUUUCGUAUGGAGUUGACCUGGAAAAAAAUUAUAAUGCUGGCAUUGUUAAAUCCAUCCCCAGUGGGUUUUUGCCUCCAGCAAUGCCAUCUGUGAAUUUGUUUUCUGAGAUGCUGACUGCGUCAUUUUCCAUCGCUGUGGUCGCUUACGCCAUUGCGGUGUCUGUAGGAAAAGUAUAUGCCAUCAAGUAUGAUUACACCAUCAAUGGGAACCAGGAAUUCAUUGCCUUUGGGAUCAGCAACAUCUUCUCUGGAUUCUUCUCUUGUUUUGUGGCCACCACUGCCCUGUCCCGCACCGCCGUCCAGGAGAGCACUGGGGGAAAGACACAGGUCGCCGGCAUCAUCUCGGCUGGCAUCGUGAUGAUUGCCAUCCUUGCCCUGGGGAAGCUGCUGGAACCCUUGCAGAAGUCGGUCUUGGCAGCUGUUGUAAUUGCCAACCUCAAGGGGAUGUUUAUGCAGGUGUGUGAUGUUCCUCGUCUGUGGAGGCAGAACAAGACGGAUGCUGUUAUCUGGGUGUUCACGUGUGUAGCAUCCAUCAUUCUGGGGCUGGACCUCGGUUUACUAGCUGGCCUUAUAUUUGGAUUUCUGACUGUGGUCCUGAGAGUUCAAUUUCCCUCAUGGAACAGCCUCGGAAUCAUCCCUAGCACAGAUAUCUACAAAAGCACCAAGAAUUACAAAAAUAUUGAAGAACUUGAAGGAGUGAAGAUUCUGAGAUUUUCUAGUCCUAUUUUUUAUGGCAACGUCGAUGGUUUAAAAAAAUGUAUCAAGUCCACAGUUGGAUUUGAUGCCAUUAGAGUGUAUAAUAAGAGGCUGAAAGCAUUGAGGAAAAUACAGAAACUCAUCAAAAAAGGGCAAUUAAGAGCAACAAAGAAUGGCAUUAUAAGUGAUGCUGGUUCAUCGAAUAAUGCUUUUGAGCCUGAUGAAGACAUCGAAAAUCCAGAAGAACUUGAUAUCCCAACCAAGGAAAUAGAGAUUCAAGUGGAUUGGAACGCUGAGCUCCCAGUCAAAGUGAAUGUUCCUAAAGUCCCGAUCCACAGCCUCGUGCUUGACUGUGGAGCUGUCUCUUUCUUGGAUGUUGUCGGAGUGAGAUCGUUGCGAGUGAUUGUCAAAGAAUUCCAAAGAAUUGAUGUAAAUGUGUACUUUGCAUCACUUCAAGAUCAUGUGAUAGAAAAGCUGGAGAAAUGUGGUUUCUUUAAUGAUAACAUCAGAAAGGACAUAUUCUUUUUGACUGUCCAUGAUGCUGUUCUCCAUCUCCAGAGCCAGGUGAAAUCCCAAGAGGUUCAAGAUUCCAUUUUAGAAACGAUCACCCUCAUCCAAGACUGUAAAGAUCCUCUUGAAUUAAUGGAAGCAGAGCUGAUUGAAGAAGAACUUGAUGUCCAAGAUGAGGCUAUGCGAAGACUUGCUUCCUGAAAUUGGGCUCGGGAGGUUUCUCUAAGCAAGGACUGCAAGGCAAAAUUUACCCACCACAUAAUUCUAUGCAAAUAUUUUCUGCAUUGACUAUUUUCUUCGAACUUGAAAGAUGCUUUUUCCAUUAGACUUCUUAAAAUCUUGUAUAUUUUUUUAA